CCAACUCAUUACUCGUCACUUUCCCAAGAGAUCCAUAUAACUAUACUCAAGAUGUCGGAAGCUUCCUUCAACCCCAAAAGUGACAUUCCAGACCAGUCCGGACGCGUCUUCCUCAUCACUGGUGGUACAUGAUCACACUUCCCCCGCACCAUAUAUAACUACAACUGACCUCCGUUCCAGGAACAACUGGCCUUGGCGCAUCCUCUAUCCAAUUCAUCGCCGCCCAUCACCCAGCACAUAUCUUCUUCUCCGGUCGUAACAAAGCCCGCGCCGCAGAGCUCAUCACAAAAGUCCGACAAGCCUCGCCUUCCACCAAACUUAGCUUCAUUGAAUGCGACCUCAGCAGCCUCUCCUCGGUCAAAACCGCGUCCCAGGAAUUACUCACCAAGACAGACCGCCUUGACGUCCUUAUGUGCAAUGCGGGCAUUAUGGCCACGCCCGAUGCGCUAUCGAAAGACGGCUAUGAAAUCCAGUUGGCGACAAACCACCUCGGCCACGCUCUCCUCAUCAAGUCUCUACUCCCUUGCCUACUCAAGACUGCAGAGCAACCAAACUCGGACGUGCGCAUCGUCAGUCUUACAUCUUCUGCGCACGAAAUGGUUCCAAACGCAGGGAUAGAAUUCAACAAAUUGAAGACUCUGGGGGCAAAUUACGGACCUUUUUACCAACCCAACAAAUGGAUGUGCUACGGUCAAUCUAAGCUCGCAAACCUGCUCUACGCCAACCAACUCGCGGAGAGAUACCCGAGUAUAACGUCGGUCGCCGUUCAUCCUGGGUUCAUCAAGACGGCGCUUCAUGAUAACAACGGGCUGGCGGACCGCAUGGUCGUGAAUUUCAAAGCAGAUAAAUGGGUCAGUGAAGAGGAGGGCGCGUAUACUCAGACGUGGGCUGCUACCACAGCAAAAGAGAAGCUCAGCAGUGGCGCUUACUAUGUGCCUGUUGGUGUGAAGACCACACCGAAGGUGAAGCAGGCGAAGGACGUGGGGCUCGCAAAGGAGUUGUGGGAGUGGACGGAGGUUCAACUGGAGAAGUGGGUUUGAAGACAAGAGAAGGGUUUCUCGGGGUCUCUGCCAAGGCGGGUCAAGAUGCCUCGGCAUGUUUCGUCUCCGCAUUUCCUCCGCAUCCGCGGUUACUGUGAUGGACAGGCAAGCUGACAUAUUUUGCUCCAAACACUUUCUCCUAUUCAAUACCAUACCAAUCAAUUCAAAAUGUCAGCCGAA